GUAGUGGUAAAAAUCCUUCACUUUCAUUUUUUCAUUGAUAUCACAAAAAAAUGAGACAAGAAUUCAUAAGAACUUAUUGUUUUCCAAAAAGAAUUGAUCAUGAUGAUUACAGAAAAAUGUUGGAAAAUUUAUCGAAAAGUGAGGAUAGUAUCAAAAGAAAUGGUUUUGGUAUACCCAAUAAAUGUUAUAUUUGUUCCAAAUUAAAUCAGAUACAUGGAAAAAGUGUAUUGUUUCAAACGAAAAGAGAUUUCUUUAAACAUGUGAGACUAUAUCAUAGUGAUUAUUCUGAAUCAAUGAAAAUGAAAAAAUUGCCCAAGCCUACUAAUAAAGUUAUUAAAGAUGUGGUGCCAUCUUCUUUCAGUACUGCUAUUACGAAAUCUGUUAUUCCUAUUGAUGAUCCAUCACCAUCAUCAUCGUCUGAUUUUUUUAAUUCAAAUUCGAUUUCAACUUAUUCUGGUCAAUAUCCUCGGAUUCAGAAGAGUCCACCUUGUUCCUCAUUGCCUACUGAAUCCAAUUCUCAUUCUAGUUUGUCUUCUCAUCAGCUACCGAAGUUUAAUCCAAUUCUAACAUCUUUUUCUUCCAAAAUUCUCACGACAAAGUCUUCCACACCAAAGGUUUCUGUUUCGAAAGCAAAAACAUCGUCAAAACAGUCUAAUAUGAAAAUACCUAUUGGUGGUAAAGGUAUUAUCUUAUUUAAAAGAAGCACACAAGUUCAACAAACAACUUGAUCGAAUUUGAAAAUAGAUGAUGCCAAUCAACUGCAGU